UUCCGAGCUGCGCUUCCAAUUCUGUGUGGUUCUGUGUGGCCGAGUAGUUCUAAUGCCGCGCAGCGGAUGUGAAUCGGUUUGGCCUGGCAAGCAAAUCCACAAGCAACAGCCAGAAAAGCCCCUGCGAGGGCUUAGAAUGGGGCAGCUGCGGCAGCGGUGGCGACAGCAGCACACUACCUACCGUUGCCUCGGCACCUAGGAGAAAGCCCAACAUCAUGACCCACAAUGCCUCGCGCUCAGGCCGGCUCCGCCCUCUUUAGCUGGGUUCUCGGCCUCGGACUGGUCGCGAUGACUUCCGCUUUUCGGUGGCCCCAGUAGGGCGAGCGGCGGUAUGCGGGGCCCGGGGGUAGGUUUGGGAUUCUCAGGUGAGCGAGGGUUGUCAGGGCAGGGGGCUGACACGGACACGGAUGCGGCGGAGCUGCUGCCCUUCCUGGUGCCCGGAGCGCGGGCAGACCUGCAGGCGGCCGCGGCUCAGCACGUGCUGGCGCUGACUGGUUCAGGCUCGGGCCGCAUGCUGUUGGCAGGACAGACAGAAUUGCUGCGGGCUCUGGUUGAGCUUGCGGUGGCCCCGGCCCCUGCUCCUUCCCGCGAUGCCUCCCGCGCGCUCGUGAACCUGGCUGCUGACCCCGGCCUGCACCGGCAGCUGCUGGCGGCGGACCCGGAGCUGCCUGGCCGCCUGCUGCGCUGCGUGUUGGACCCUCAGUGGCCCUGGGCUGAAGAGGCAGCUGCAGUGCUGGCCAACCUGAGUCGCGAGCCGGCGCCGUGUGCUGCCUUGGUGGAGAAGCUGAUGGCCGCUGAGCCGGAGCGGCUGGGUCUAGAGCGUCUUGUCAACGCGCUUUGCGUGCCCAGCUACAACGCCGCCGCACCCCUGCAUUACCUGGGGCCGCUGCUCUCCAACCUUAGCCAACAGGCGGAGGUGCGUGGUCCAACGGCUGCUGCCUCUUACCCAGUACACAGACUCCUCGGACACCACAAGUGGUUGCUUGGGCCCCAAGUCGACAUUCUCCCCUUCUUGCUACUGCCCUUGGCUGGGCCUGAAGAGUUUUCCGAGGAAGAAAUGGACAGGCUACCUGUUGACCUGCAGUACUUGUCACCAGACAAGCAACGGGAGCCAGAUGCUGACAUCCGCAAAAUGCUCAUUGAAGCCAUCAUGCUGCUGACAGCCACUGCUCCUGGUAGGAAGCAGGUACGAGACCAGGGUGCUUACUUGAUCCUUCGAGAGCUGUAUAGCUGGGAGCCAGAGCCUGAUGUGCGAAUAGCUUGUGAGAAGCUUAUCCAGGUGCUUAUUGGUGAUGAGCCAGAGGCUGGCAUGGAAAACCUGCUGGAGGUGCAGGUACCCGAAGACGUGGAGCGGCAGCUGCAGCAGUUUGACCAGCAAGAACAGCAAGAGCUGAGGGGCCCGGGUGCCUCAUAGACCUAAAGCCCCUUUGGCCUGAAUGCCAGCUCCAAAUCAACCUUUGCCAGUGUUCCCCCUGGGCUCUAGGCUAAAUGCCCAGUAAACGUUGAGAAGCUCAAGGGCACCGCCCAAUUCUGUGCCCUGUUGUGACCAGCAAGAAUGCACAUUGUUCAGAGCUGCAGUGUUGAGCCUGAGCUUGCCAGAUCCUGUGACCAUUGCCGAUGGUCACUGGAGCUAUGAGGAACCUAUUCCCAGACAGCGGUGGGGCUGGACUGAAAACACCGUAAGCCCUGGGAAGCCAUCUAGAGUUUUUCACUCCUGAAGGCACUGAAGGGUCUGGACAUGGGUAGGCUUAGAGGUAUAAACAGUGCUAUGAGCCCCAA